AUGACGACGAGGCUGGAGAAGGUAGGGUUAGUUGUAGUGGCAUUGGUGAUGGUGUGGUGGGGUUCUUGCUCGGGGAGGUUCGUGGUGGAGAAGAACAACCUGCGAGUGACUUCGCCGGAGUCCAUCAGAGGAAUCUACGAAUGCGCCCUCGGUAACUUCGGCGUCCCUCAGUACGGCGGAAGCAUGUCCGGCGCGGUGGUUUACCCAAAAGCUAAUCAGAAGGCAUGCAAGAACUUUGACGAUUUUGAAAUCUCUUUCCGAUCCAGAGUCGCUGGAUUGCCCACAUUCGUUCUCGUCGACCGAGGAGAUUGUUACUUCACCUUGAAGGCCUGGAACGCGCAAAGAGCUGGUGCUGCAACCAUCUUGGUGGCAGAUAACAGACCCGAGCCACUAAUCACCAUGGACGCGCCAGAGGACGAGACAGCAGACGCGGAUUACCUGCAGAACAUCACGAUUCCUUCGGCGCUGUUGAGCAGAUCUCUAGGGAGCGCCAUCAAAACGGCCAUAGCUCACGGGGAACCUGUUCACAUAAGCCUGGACUGGCGGGAGGCUCUUCCACACCCGAACGACCGAGUGGCCUACGAGCUAUGGACGAACAGCAAUGAUGAAUGCGGAGCCAAAUGCGAUGCACAAAUCCGGUUUCUCAAGAGGUUCAAAGGAGCAGCUCAGAUUCUUGAGAAAGGAGGCUACACUCGCUUCACUCCCCAUUACAUCACCUGGUAUUGCCCUGAAGCGUUUCUGGCAAGUAGACAAUGCAAAACGCAAUGCAUCAACGGAGGAAGGUACUGUGCUCCCGACCCUGAGCAAGACUUCUCCCGAGGAUACAAUGGGAAAGACGUGAUUGUUCAGAAUCUACGCCAAGCUUGCUUCUUUCGAGUGACCAAUGAAACUGGGAAGCCUUGGCUUUGGUGGGAUUAUGUCACCGACUUCGCCAUCCGUUGUCCCAUGAAAGAGGACAAGUACAACAAGCAAUGUGCCGAUCAAGUCAUUCGUUCUCUUGGAGUCGAUGUGAAGAAAGUAGACAAAUGCAUGGGAGACAUAGAAGCAGAUGCUGAGAAUCCUGUCCUUAAAGAUGAACAAGAAGAACAAGUUGGGAAAGGGUCGCGUGGAGAUGUGACAAUACUACCAACUAUUGUAAUAAACAACAGGCAAUACAGAGGGAAGUUGGAGAGAUCGGCGGUGCUAAAGGCGCUUUGCUCAGGGUUUCAAGAGACGACUGAGCCACCCAUCUGCUUAACCGAAGACAUAGAAACGAAUGAGUGUUUACAUAGCAAUGUAGGGUGUUGGGAGGAUAAGACAACCAACAUUACAGCUUGCAGGGACACUUUCAGAGGAAGAGUAUGUCAGUGUCCCAUUGUUCAGGGUGUCAAGUUCUUGGGUGACGGUUAUACACAUUGUGAAG